UUUUUUUCCACAGCGACUGCCCUGAUGCUUGGCUCAUGGCCGGCGGGCAUGUGUCGGCACUCUGACGUCAAGCUCAACGGCCAAGGGCGCCGGCAUACGUUCACGGAGGGCCGUUUGCUGGCAAGCCUUGAACAUCACAGCCGCACGAGGAGAGUCCUAGCCGUCGAUAUCCAUUUCCUGUUCGCCGCCGCGCCAUGUCAAUGUGGCCGUCAUGCACGGCAUAGUUGGGCGCACGCAGCUGGACCUAGCUGAUAGCUUGCUGCUCCCCGCCCAGGGGCAGUAAAAAGAGCCCUCCAUCCCCUCCACCAGUGUGCACACAAUCUCUCUCCCCACCACACCACCAUCCACCCACCCGCCCGCCACCUGACCACGAUCUCACUUAUUUACUUGCCCGCGGAAGGCCCCAGAGACAGCACUGAUCGACCGUGACUAGGCAUGGCACCAUGAUAUCAUGCAGUACAGACCGCAAAAAUGCAAGACGACCAGCCCGUCCAACUGAGCCUUGAUCAGGUGGAAUCUGUCAGUCUUGCUGCCCACAACACGGCGCCGCACACUCUGCCCGCGUCGCCCCCCGGGCCCCUUGGCUGCCCACUGACCGCGCACCGCAGUUGAUUCUGUCUCUCUAUGAGGCAAACCCGCCAGAAGUCAUCAACAAGACACAGGCUACGUUGGCCUGCUUCCAAGGUUCUCCGCAGGCAUGGCCCAUGAUUCACCAGCUGCUGGAGCGGCCCGAUGACAAGGUCAAGUUCUUUGGAGCCCUCACUGUCAUCAUCAAGCUGAACAAGGAGAGCUCCUCCUUGAGCGAUGAAGAUGCCGCUGAGCUUCUUGUGCGGCUUGUGGAAUGGUACUCACAGUCCCUCGCUCGUGGACGAGCCGGCUCCCUUGUAUCACGAAAGCUCUCGUCCGCCAUCGCCACCUUCUUUCUCCACUUUCAUCGACUUUGGCCUGCAUAUACCCGUCAUCUCUUGGUGUGUCUUGCCUCUCAUCGACCGCUUGACCCUUCCGCCGUCGACGACACCGUCAGCUCAGCCGAUGCGCUAGCUCGCUUGAGCUCUACCCAGCUUCAAGCUGCUAUCUGGGUGGUCACCAGCGUCAUGGACGAUGUCGCUAGAUUUGAUCUGAAUGCAGCAACAAACGCAGGCUUGUAUGAUGCGGUGGUGAGGAACACACCGGACGCGGUCGUCCUUAUGGCGGCAUGUCUGUCUCCUCACAUCGAAGACCCCACAGCCCAUAGCGAUGCCGUCAAAUGCCUUCAGUCUUGGGCCACAUUUGCACAGAGAGCAUCGUCGGGUCACAGCAAUAUUCCGGCGUCUUUACGACCACUUCUGGAACCGGUCAUCUCAUCCCUAUCACGCGAUUCUCUGUUUGAUGCGUCAGCGGAACUCAUCGUCGAUGUGUUGUCAAACUACCCGACGCUCAUGACCAACACCCAAUACGAAUAUCUGGCUACGCUCUUUACAGCCCCUUGGGCUCGGGAGCGGUACGAGAAGCUACUUCAAGGAGACUUUGACUUCGAAUCCGUUCAGUUCGGGCAUCUGUUGCUCGGCUUCGGUGAGGCAAAGGCUGAAGCCCUCAUCCAGAGUAGUGACGGAAGCAGCCAGCACCUUCUGUCAUUAUUAUGCGGACUCCUCACGGCAGCUGGCUACCCAGUCGCAGAGGACAGGAUCUUUGUGCCUGCAGUCGAGUUCUGGUCAACCUUUGCAGAAACACUGGCAGACCAUGUCCACCUAGACGAACCCGAGAUCUCGUCACCGUCGGCAGCCUCCGCAAUGACCCAGCUCCUGGCGGCCGUUUCAAGGGCCUGGCAGAAGAUAACGUAUCCACCUUCAGGGGAGUACUGCCAGUGGGAUUCUGUGGAUCGCAUCGGCUUCAGCGAUGCCCGCAAGGACGUUGUUGACUUUCUUCAAUCUGCCUAUGCACUGGCGGGCCCUCAACUUGUGGCAACGUUUGCCGAUCUUACACUUUCGGCGUUGUCACAGUCGGCCUGGCUUCCAUUAGAAGCCGCCGCGUUCUGCCUCGGCGGCCUAGCAGACUGUGGCAGAGAUGACAUUCGGUUUGAUGCGGCCCUAACGCCAGUGUUCGCAUCGCCCCUCUUCUCUGUUCUCGGCGACAACAGCCAGGCGGGGGUCCAUCUCAGAACGCGACAGACUUGCCUAUCCCUAAUUGAACAGUACAACGAGUACUUUGAGAGGAAUGUCGAGUUCCUCGCUCCAGCACUGCGUCUGCUGUUCACGUUGCUUGGUGAGCAGUCCAUGGCGGCAUCUGCAUCCAAGUCAAUCCUGAGAUUGUGCUCUUCCUGUCGACACCAUCUAUAUCCGGAGACAGAAGGAUUCUUGGAUGAGUACGCAGCCCUUACUCACGGCCGGCGACUCGAUUGCAUCUCUAGCGAGAAGGUGCUAGGAGCUAUUGCCUCAGUUGCGCAAGCUAUACCGAACCCCCACCAAAGAUAUAGGGCCUGUGCAAGACUUUUGGAGUUUGUCGUCCGUGACGUGCACCGAUCCCGUCAUUUCAAUGCAUCAUCACCCGGGGCUGAUGAUCAUCCGUGUCGGGGGCUUAGGUGUUUUGACAGCACGUCCGACGAGCACCCUGGCCUACACCUUGGCUUAAGGGCGCUGAGAAGCCUUGUCAGCGUAGGAAAGGGGUUCCAAUCGCUAUCCGACUCUUCGAUCGACGUUGACGCAAGCGGCCGUCGGCUUGCAGUAUCGCGCGACGGGCUGGAGUUGCUGCAUGACCAGAUCAUGGAAAUCCUUCGGGAAUUGGACGAGGCAUUCGGCAAGAGCUCUGAAAUUAUUGAGCUUAUCAGCAGUGUCCUCCGCAGCGGAUUCUCAGAGAAUGAAGCGGGCCCGUUUGUUCUCCCGCCGGAUACGGUAACCCAUUUCCUCACCAUUCACACGGCGUCGACAACCCGAGUGGGCGUUCUCGUCAACACAGCGUGCUCAUUUGUGAGCUCGUUGCAGUCGCAUGAAUUUCCCAGUCGUGAAGCUAUAUGUUCCACGCUGCUCAUGUGGGACAUUGGACUCCUCAGGCAGCUUUCAGAGCCAGAAAGCGAUCCCGAGUUAUCUCAGAACGGAAUCGAGUUCGCCUCCCGUCUGCUGAGCAAAGCGCCUGCGACCGUGCUGUCCCUGCGGCCGGCCGACGCCGCAGAGUUCCUCUUCUUAUUUACCUUGCGCGUGUUAGACGGCAAGGAACCACUGCCGAAAGGUGCAGCUGCAGAUUUCUGGGUAAAGACUAACCCGACAUGCACCCCUCUAAAUGCUAGAAUCGUGGACUAUAGUUGAUCGUCUACUAGUCUACCUACGUGAGCCUCAAUGGCGAUGAAGAAGUACAGCAUGCUGUCAAGGGUUCCAUGGUAACCCUGGGACCGCUCUUGGCCCAGAGUCUGGCCAGAAACUUUGGAGGGAACGCUUCCCGGAGCGAGCUGGACAAACUCAGCGAGCCAUUGAAGAGGCUUGUCAGCCGGCAUGCUGCUGCAAGGGACUGGCUGCAGACCGCACUCGGCGAUGCCUCCUUCCCGAGCAGCAAGGUCAGCGCGGAACAAAAAGCCAUAUUCGUGAAGAAGGUCAUCAGCUUGAGAGGUGCACGGGCGACCAACCAGGUAGUCCGUGACUUUUGGCUCUCAGCUCGUGGAAGCAACUUCGCGUACGUAUCGUGAUCAACCCGGGCCCGUUUGACCGCAUUGAAACGGCACCAUAGAGGCUCGUCUUCGUUCACAGAGGCCGGGUGGACUCUCGACGGGGCUGUGGAAAGGGGCUCGUCGGUUUAGGUCGGUACAGUUCCGCGUCAGGCCACGUCAGCGACUAUUUAGUGGGCGAGCAAUGCAGUGUAUCAAGUGACAGUUGCAUAGGGCACGGGAGUAUGUCUCGCAUAUCUUUACCCGGCCCAUUGGCGAUGGUGACAUGAUGGCGACAUAUGAGAUACAUGUACUGUUACACGGCUGUACAGGGGUGUGGCGUGCUGUCCUGUAAGAGGUUCGGAUGGCCUCAAAGACCUAUAGCGGACCUGACCACCUCCAUUGUCUCUUCCGCGUUUUCUCUCGCCUUGCGCGCGCCUUGCGCCUCGACAUAGUCAAGCCAGUUCCGAGGGAGUGCGCUGCUGUGCGUCGAAGAUUGACAGGAUGUCGAGCAAAUUGGAGAUGCCGGGCCUGGUGGCUAUGUCGUAUGAGAUGCCAACGUGAGAGUCGGUGAGUGCGGAGGAGAUUUUGGCACGAAUCUCGUCUGGUGUGUCCGUGAUUAAAAUGCGCGAGCGCUCGCUCUUGUGCGACUUUGACAUUUUGGCGGUUGGGUCUGUGAGCGACAUGAUGCGAUGUACGGGUGCUGCAAGAGCCUGUCAGCUGAAAUCCUGCGUUGCUGGUCCCGGGGUGCGGCGUACGAAUCAUGGUUUCUGGUUGCACAAGACAGGGUCCAUAGGCAUGGUUGAAGUUUGUAGCGCACUCGCGCGCGAAUUCAAGG